AUGAGCGAAUAGACUAAAUUUCGCAUUCUUAAAACCAUUUAACCAACGUAACAGUACUAACCCACAUGGCCAACUCAAAGAUCUGAUUCUUCGAAUGAGAGACUGACUAGGUUAGAGCGAGAUUCACUCCCAAAUUUAAAAGGUUCGUAACCGUAUUCCAACAUCUCCUACAGACAGGCCUAAAAGCAUAAACCACUAUCUCAAGGAGUAUUCGAAUGAUAAAUCCAUAGGUAUUUUAUGGAUCUCCAUUGCUUGCACAAAAUUAGUUAGAAAUCAUAGAUAAGAUGAAAUGCCAAGCCCGUAAUGAUUUCUAUGGCCAACUGAAAAGUAUUGAUCCUUAUCAAUAUCCUACACGUCUAUCAGACUUGUAUCUCUCCCCUAAAUCACUAAGAGAGCGUAAUUCCUUUGAUUAAUAUUGAAGCUACUGUGGAAGUGCACAUUCCCAACGAAUUAAGAGAACCCCAUCUGUCAUUAGGUAAUUUUAGCAGUAAUCUCUCUAAGCACAACCCAAGAGAUAAAAUUCACAGAGGUAUUCCAUAGAAGUAAUCUUAAUUAUUAAUGAAGGCACGACAUUAAAUCCCUUGCCAUUUGGGUUGACCUAAUGGUGCAAUAGAUCAUAGAGAAGUACAGUGAUCAAAAGCAAUUUGAUUUCUACGAGGAAGUGCAAAAUGUUCUCACUCUCUGUUUAAAAGAAUUGAUAAGACAAAUCAGCAUCGAUUGCAUUGAAAGGAGGUGAUGUAGAUUUACAAAUGUAUUUAGUGUGUUGCUGGAAAAGAUUUGGACACAAUACGUAGAAAUCAAUUCGACUGUCAUCAAUCAAGUGGUCAAUGAGAAGAAGGAAAACGAAAAACAAAAUCUCAAAUAAAUAAUGAAAACACAUUAAUUGUAUCAAUACGAAAUUGAUAAUUUUUAAUUAAUAAUUUCAAAUCAGAAAGAAGAGUAAUCCAAGCUUACAGAAAAGUUAAUCAAAUUAAAAGACAAUGCCAAAUACCUCAAGAAAACCAACAGAAACCUAUAAAACACAAUCAGAGAACUCAAAUUCCAAUUAAACGAUUACACUACCUCCAAUAAGUAUUUGCUAAAUGAAGUCGAAAAUCUGAAAUAACAAAUCAAAGAAAAUGAAAUUGACAUCCACAACUUCUAGUAUUCCUCCCAAAUCAAUUACAGAGCCUCCUCUCCCAAUGCAAGUGAACACUCCCCUCUUUAAUUCCCAUAGCAAUUGAAAAUAAUCUCAGCAGGUGCACAUUAAUCAUUCAAUAUUGAAAUUGAAGAACAAUUGAAAAAUGCCUUAAAAAGCGAUUCAGACACAAAUCUAUCCAAUUUCGAAGAUAUGCUCAUGAAUUAGGCCACUGACACCACUGAUCUAAUUGCAGUAAUGAACCUAUACAAAGAGCAAUUCACUUAAACAUUUGCAUCAAAUGCACAACCUGAACCUAAGUAACUCUCUACCUAAUAUAGAUCAAUCCUUCUACCUGACUUUAGACAUAAUGUUGUCCAGACAGAUUCUAGUAUGAGCAAUGCAAUCGAAAAAGAAGUGCAAACCGAAUUACCCACAGAGAUUCUUGAGGAUAUUAAAAGCGAAGAAGAUCAACUAUUUCAAUUCCAAGAGCAACUCAUUAAGACUUAAGAAAAUUAUAAACUACUUAUGGAAGGAGAGCAAAUAGAUAGUCCUGAUCUUAACUAAAUGUCAUCUCUAUUAUUAAGCCUAGGUGAUGCUUCAUCUAAAAUGAAAUAAGCAAUUCAACACUCAAGGGAAUAUAGAACCAGCCUAUUGCUUGUUAAUAGUGCAUAGAAGGACGAUAAUUAAAGAAAAGUUAACGAAUUACAAUUAUUGGUAUAAUCCUUAAUUAAAUAAUUAAUUAGAAAAUUACUAAUGAGAAUCUUUAGUAAAAUUUGGAAUCUGCCAAAAAUGAAAUCAUAGAAUUGGAGAGUCAUUUAGAAUUGUAAGAAUAGGUAAACAUUCUUUAACUAUCAUAGAUCAAUGCUAAAUUGGAGAGAAAGUACAAUAAAAUAAAAGACAAGAAAUAACAACUUAUCGAAAAAACCACUAAUUUAAUCAAUCAAUUGACGAAAACCCAAAAGUUCACCAAUAUAAUGAAAAAGAAAGUGUAAGAGAAGAGAAUAAGCAGUUUUGGCUAGAUGAAAUAACCUACCUCCUCCUAAUCAUAGAGUUAAUUGCCAUCAGCUAUAGAAAUAUCCUAAAAUUUUUAAUAAUAAUAGUUCUUAUCUAGUAAUCCCUCAAAUCAAUAGCAAUACCUUGUUACUUCAUCGCCUAGAAGAUAAUAACAAUUGGGUCCAUAAUCUAGUAGGAAAUAAAAUAAACCAGAAGGUUCACCUAAUGGAAUCAUAAGGUAGGAGGCAUCAGGCUAGGAAAUGAGUGCACCGAAAAAGAAAUGGAAUAUUUAAAUAACAAAUACUGAGGAGUAAGAAAAGGAAUCUGACAAUGAGAGUGACCUAUCAUAAUCCUAGAUUACAUUCUAAUAAAGUAUUUCAAUAGUUUAAGAUGUACAUUCAUAUGAUUAAUUAAAUAGGAUGCCAUUUCAUAACGCAGCUUUGCAUCUAAUCGAAGAUCAUCACAACUUCAGGUGCAAGCUAAAUCUCCCGGAAUUAAUGUAAUUUCAAUAUUGAUUAUUUGUAGCAAUUGAAGGCGAAUAAUGGAAACAAUAGAUAAGCACUAAAAUCAGCAAAGAAGAGUAUUCCAAAUAAUCUGAAUAAUGAAAGUGUUAAGGUGAUCUCGGACACUUUAAGAAAAUUUCUGAAUGAGGAAUUAGAUAACAGUGAGGCUUCAAGUAUUGAUUCAUCAUUUUCAUCCAAAAUGGAGGCUUAUUCCAAAAGAAAAUCAGAUAGGCAACAAAAGAAAAGACAAAUCACUUAAACACAAGCCCCAAGUAAUUAAUUGUUGAACAUUUUAAGAGUUUCAAAAUAGAAAUAAUGCUGAAUCCACAUCUCAACUCAAUUUCUAGAGAUCAAAAUAUUUGGUUACUUUUUUGGCUGAGCGUUUUGCUAAGAAUCCAAAGCUAGCCACACCCAAGAUGCAGAGGAUAAAUGUUUUGAAAUUCAUUUCAUAAUUCUACUGUGAGAAGAUCAAGCAAUAUCAGAACAAAAACACUCCACUACAUCAAAUAUGUUAUGAGCAUUUUGUCAAUACUUAUGGAUUCAAGAGCAUGGCUGAGUAAAAGUUAACUAAUUUCUACCAAUCUGUAUACUUUUAUAGAGAGAAUUUCAGAAUCAACCUCUUUGGAAGGUAAAGCUAUUAUUGAUUAAAGAUUUCUGGAAUUACUAAGUCCACUAACAUUGGAUGAUUUGGAUAUUUACAUUUAAUCUUUGAGAAUUCUUGACGAAAAUGAAAUUGCACUUCAUAUGGCAUCAGUUGUAAAUGAAAAAGGAGUACUAGUAACACUAGAAAAAGCUAUAGCCUCAUUGGAUAUCCAACAUUAAUGCUUGGGAGUGGAAAUCAAGGAACGAAUUAUGAGGGAUAUUCGUUCCAACACUUAUGAGAGGAAGAACAAAAUAUGUGUGGACGUAGAUUUCUUUAUAAGCAAAUUAUUGAAUGGUUAUCAUUAGUACAAACUGACACAUUAAGCUCACUUUGAAGAAGUAUUUUAUUCAGCUGACAUGGAUAUGGAUGGGAUGAUAGAGUUUCAAGAGUUUCAAAAAUUAUACUUACAUUUUGAAAUUAAUCAAGGAACUAAAUCAAAUAAAAAGAUGAUUAGAACUCAGUUUAUGGAAAGAUGCGACACUGUUUCAAAUGAGAGUGGGGAAAAAGCUAUGUCCUUCGAUAGAUUUGUUACAUUCUCUUUAGAAAACAAUAUAUUUUCUGAAGAAAAGUUUUCAGUAUUAUUUAACUGCUAUAGCAUAUUAGAAAUUCUCAAAGAACGUUGAUUCUAAUGAUCCAAUUAAGAAUUUGAAUGAUCUGAAGGAGAAUUGGUUAAAUAUUUAAUCGUUAUUGAUGAGCAGGAUAAAUCUGAGUGAGCCAAAUGAAGGCGAUUACUAUCAGAGUAUAAUUCAAAAGUUGGAUCAAGUAAUUUGAAGUUUUAAUAGUGGUAGGCUUUGAAAAACAAGGAAUUAAAAGAAAGCUAUUGGAUUUCGUAUAGAAUCUUAGACGCCGAUACUAAGGCACUUUACUUAAGUAAAAUAGCAGCUGAUCUAAUUCCUGAGGAUUUACUUUAUAUUCAAGAGUUGGCGAAUGAAAUUUUUGACGACAAUAUUGAGAUUGAUUGA